AUGGCUCCCAUCGACCCCAACUCAACGACCUUCACGCCGCCCGACCUGUACGAGCUUCCCUCCAGCCGCCCGCAGCCGCUCCUUCCUCUCAGACCACCACCACUAUGCAUAUACCCACCCGUCUUGCCGUCGCCCCCGCGCAAAUCGCUUCUAGACGCGACCUUCGCGCUCUCAACGCACCUGGUGCCCGCCGCAUGGCCACGAACGACGCCUGAAGUCCCGCUCCUGGAGCUGCCCACAUGGACCCCGGACAAGGACGCUUUCCGUGCCGCGGUCCGCAAGACAACGACGACGCUCAUGCAGACGACGGAGGAGCAUUGGAAGGGAGAGCUGGACGCGCUCCCGAGGAACGAGCGGCCAAUGUGGAGCUGCGUGAACAGGUACGUGAGGAAGGGGCUGAAGGAGGCGAACGGGGUCACGCUCUUCUGUGCGCACGCGAAUGGGUUUUCGAAGGAGUUAUGGGAGCCCGCCCUGCUCCACCUUGUCUCUCGGUAUUCGUCUAUCGCCAAGUAUGCGGUAGACGAGAUAUGGUCCUUCGAAGCGGCGAAUCAUGGAGACUCGUGCCUCAUCAACGAGCCCGCACUGGGCGGUAUAUUCAAUUGGAAAGACAACAGUCGAGACAUUCUCCACUUCCUCAAGUACUACCUCCCUGCCGUUCCCGACGCGGGAACCCUUCCCACCCACCUGUUGAGACUGGAUGCAACGGUGGCCCAUGCCCGCAGGGAGCACGGGAUCUUGGAACGCCGUUUGGUGUUCAUGGGUCACUCGUUUGGUGGAUGCUCCGUCGUCCGUGCAGCGUUGGCAGAACCGGCUUUGUUCAAGACACUCCUCCUAGUAGACCCGAUCCUCUCGAGCAUGGGACCGAGGAUGUCCAGCGAGGGGAUUGCUGAUCUAGUCCUUGGAGCUGUGGCGCGACGGGACGGAUGGUCAUCACGCGAAGAAGCGCACAGGCAGUUCGCUGCUGUGCCCUUCUUCCAGGCUUGGGACCCCGCUGCGCUCGACGUGUAUGUCGAGUGUGCGCUGUACGACGCCCCCGAUGGACAAGUUCGUCUGAAGAUGCCAGGAGGGUUGGAGGCGGCGAACUUCGCGGAGCGAUUUACCGCAUGCGAGACGUUUGAACUUCUCCCGCAGUUAGACCCGCGGAUUGAAACCCGCUUCGUCAUCGCUGGGAAACUAGAACCACAGGCUGCCGAACAGCGUCGACGCGCCGUGUGGCGACGGACGGAGAACACGUCGCACAUCAGGAUCCUGUCGUCGGGGCACCUUAUCCCGCAGGAGAAACCGGGCGAGCUGGCCGCAGAGCUUCAUGGCCUUCUUAUGAGACGAGACGGGAGCCAGAAAGCCCGGCUGUGA